CAUUGGCAUCCCCACCGGGCCACCACCUCACCGCCGUUCGAACAGCACAGCCAUGCGAGUCACAGUAUCAGCAACCACUCCCAUUCUUCCCUCUCAUCCCCCUUUCGCUCACAGCCAUGUCCUCCCUCUUUCUCAUCUCGACACAGAUCCCAAUCUCCGUGUCAGUUUCCGCUACCUUCGGGCCUAUGUCUCCACCAACGCCCACCAAUCUCCUACCCCCGAUCCCUUCGACGUCAUUGCCACUGCCCUCUCCUCCGCCCUCCUCCAUUACUACCCACUCGCUGGAACUCUCCGCUGUCAGAAUCACCGCCUCGAGCUAUUCUGUGCUCACGGCCAAGGCGUCCCUCUUAUCCGCGCCACCGCGGACUGUGAACUCGCGUCUGUUGAUUACCUCGAUAAACCGGACGAAACUUUUGUGGAGCAGUUGGUGCCGGAUCCGGACGAGAAUGAGGGGCUGAACCACCCUUGUAUUCUACAAGUUACUCUGUUCGAAUGCGGUGGGUUCACUCUCGGGGCUUCCAUUCAUCAUUCUGUGUGCGACGGACUUGGGGCAACUCAGUUUUUCAAUGCAGUGGCUGAAUUAGCCCGUGGGGCGAGGACGGUGUCGAUCGAACCAGUCUGGGACAGGGCUAGUUUGUUGGGCCCGAGGAAUCCGCCACGAAUUGAGUUACCAAUCGCAGAUUUUUUGAGUUUAGAACAUGGAAAUUUACCCUACAGUCAAGAAGUUGGGGCGGUAGUGAGAGAAUGCUUCCCUGUUACGGACGAUCAAUUGGAGAGGUUCAAGAGCAUGCUGUUCAAACAAUCUGGCUCUCGAUUCACCGCGUUUGAAGCCCUGGGUGCAUAUAUAUGGCGCGCCAAAGUGAAAGCCUCGGAAAUUGCAGGCAAUGAGAAGGUGAAAUUCGUGUAUUCGACGAACAUACGGAAACAACUAAAGCCGCCAUUACCGGUGGGUUACUAUGGCAAUGGUUGCGUUCCAAUUUACGUUACACUCACUGCAGAGGAGGUCAGAGAGCAACCCAUUUGGGAGACGGCGAAGAAGAUCCAGAAGAGCAAAAUCAAUAUAAGCGACGAGUAUGUACGGUCGUUCAUUGACUUUCAAGAGAUUCAUUGUGGGGAUGGAAUCACUCCGGGGAAAGAAGUGAGUGCGUUCACAGACUGGAGACAUUUGGGGCAUUCGACGGUGGAUUUCGGUUGGGGAGGUCCGGUUACGGUGCUGCCACUUUCUCGUUUCCUUCUUGGGAGUGUGGAGCCUUGCUUCUUCUUACCUCAUUCUUCUGCAACUUGGAGCGCGGCUGGGUUUAAGGUCUCCGUCGCUUUGAGGAAACCGGCGAUGCCCUGUUUCAGAGAGGAGAUGAAGAAGUUUGGUGAUGAUGAUUUCGGGGUUAUUGAGCUAAAUUUGCUUCUCUAAUACCCAAAUUUGGAUCAAAGUAUAUAUGAAUGUUUAAAUUGUCUAUUUGUUCUUGGAAAUUUUAAUAAAAGUAACAUUU